GCGCUUCCACCGCUUCCGAGGACGGAGCGCCACCGGUCUAUGAUGUUUUCAAAAGAGGACCGUUAAAGUUUUGUUAUUUAUUUUCAUUUUAUUAUUUUUCAUAAGACAUUCUAAUAUAAUAAUCGUUUAUAUGGAAUGUAUCGUGUUCUAUAUGUAUUAUGUACUAGUACUGUAGUCAAGAGUAUUAUAGAACAAACAUUUCAAAUUUAAAUUCGAAAUCUUGUGACGUAUCUUUCGAUCAGAAAAAUGAAGGAAUUCUGCAGUAUAAUUCGGUGUGUAAUAUUCAUACUCGGUGUAUUCUUUUCGUUCCUUAAUGUUUUUGCUAGAAUAGAAAUGAACGGAACUUUAUUACGAUGUUCGUCGCCAACUUUAAUGCUAGAGACUCCGAAGUUACGACAUGAAAUAAUCGAGUGUCGAAGGAAAAUAAGAAUAGCCCUUACCAUCGUAAAUGACGAAACGUCACUUCAUGAAGUUGAAUAUCUUUUUCUUGAUAAUGUAUAUGAUCCUGAAAUAAAAAUGAUGGUUAAACUUAUGAAUCCUAUAACAAUUAUGAUGAAAAGAGAGCCGCUUAUCUUAGCUUAUCCUUUUUUUUACAGUUCGUCAGUAAAUGCAAAAGUCAGUGAAACAGUAUUAAAUAAAAAGAAUAGAAAUAAUUAUACAGGAUGCAUAGAUAAUGACGUUGUUCAAGCUACCUGUGGUGUUAAAACUGAAAAUGGAAUCAUAGUUCCCUUUAGCCAAGGUUUCUGUUGUUCGUGUAAAGAUCUUAAUACUACUGUUCAUCCUAGAGGAGGACAAAACUGUACUGGUACAGAAAAUCUGCCAUAUAAUGAACAGGAAAUGUAUUUAACAAGUGCUCAUUGCCUACAUUUUAAUAAAAUUUGGUAUACUGUCAGUAGUCUAUUAAAACCAGUUAUCAAACAUAAUGUGCAUAUUCAAGUUUUUGUAAGACAUGAUUCAAAUAAAAAUUCUCAUCUUUGGAUGGAUAUAACUAAAAAACAAUCAUUCGUUGUUAGUCCUGACAAUCCUUAUCAAUUCAAUGAUGUUAAGUCAAUCAUUGUUGCAUAUCUUACAAAGAGACCAAAUAAUGCAGAUAUUACUAUUAAAUAUACUGACAAAUUUCUUCUAAUUCCACAAGAACCACCAAAUACUGAUCCUAAUUCUCUUCAUCAAGCUUUAAAAAAUGGUGGAACAGAUUAUUUAUUGUUUGACAAAGAUAUUGUGAAACCUGAUGGUAACGAGUGCAACACAGCUGGAGUGUCAUAUGCAGCCUUUGUCAAGCAAAGAAAUCGUUGCCAAUUACCAAUUAAUACUGGCUCCUAUGAGCGCAUGGAUACGCGGGAGCAUUAUGAAUAUAUCAUGGGAGUGGUCACAGAUAUUAUUGAACUCUUCUGUGAUGGAGAAAAGGAUGCUCUCCAUAAUGAGCUCAAAGAAAUGAGUGCAAAGAUCAACAGAAUUAUGAAGCCAGAAUUUAAGCCACUAUAUUCCCAGGUGUUAGUGAGCAAGAAGCCUUUGCCCACAAAAGAAAUCAUUUUCAUAGAGCCAGAGGCCCAGAAGGAUGACCCAGAAAAGACCAAGAGAACACUGAAGGAGAAGAUAAACCCCAAAAAGCUAAGGAUCAGAAUACAAGGAGUGAGGAAGCUUAACAAAGGAAGGAUGUUGAUAGAGGAAAAACUCAAUUCUGGAAGAAAAGGCUCUUAUAUGUUACAGUUUUAUGGAAAACCAAGCAAAUAUCCAAUACUAUUUAAUAAAACAUCAGGAGAACAUUGGCUUGCUUUAAAACAUCAAGGUUAUCAUAUCAGUACUGUAUAUAUUGAAAUAAAUGCUGACUCUAUUAUUGUGCUACGGACUGGGAAACAUGCACAGUUAACAUCAAUUUUUACAAUUACUUCCAAUACCAACUCAGAAGUAACAGUUCAGUUAACUAAUACUGGCUUAGUCCCUUCACGUUUUGCAGUAAAGAUAGUUAAUUGUAAUAUAGAAGUCUUAAAAAAUCCUGAAAAAUCUCAGAUGCUACCAGCUCAACAUACCUAUAGAUAUAAUUUAAUUAUUAGGUUUAAGAAUUUUCAAGAAAAAGGAAUAUUUACGUGUGUAGUUGAAGCAAGUAGUAAACAACUAGGCAUUGUGGCCAUGCGAGAAAUAUUAUUAAAACCAUUUCAAAAAUGUUUUUGUCAGUUGUAUUGUGAAUGCAGUUGCUCAGGAAAUUAUGCAGAUUUAACAUGCCAUGCUAUGGAUAUUUCAGCAUUUCAUCUUGCUGGAUUUAGAGGAUCUAUUCCAUUAGAAGCUAAAACAAAAAGAGUUAAACUUUGGAAAUCAUCAAUACUUUUAGCUGCAUUAGUUUGCAUGUUUAUUUUUGGUGGUAUUAAGGCUCUUUUGGGCCUCUGUUAUCAUAAAUCAUUUGAAGAAUUUGGACUUUCUCCAAUAUUGUUUAGAAGGAAACAUCUAGCUCAUUACUAUGAACCCGAACUUAGGAAAGAGCCUGUUAUAUAUGACGAAAAAGGAUAUCCAAUUAAUCCAAAAACGAAAGAAAAAGCAAGAACUCUUCCUAAUUGGACAGUAUGCUUCUUAAAUGUUAUUUUUUUCCUUGUUUCACCUAUAUUAUUGGUUAUGGCUUUAAUGCAGUUAUGCCAGAAAAGAAAAUAUUUACCAUUAUCAGUAAGUAAAAUUAAAUUUAAUAUUAUAAUUAAUUUUUAAAAUUAUGACUAUUUA